AUGAAAUAAAUAAUCAUUUUAGCUUUACUCCUAAUCUUGGUUCUUGGAGAUUAACAUUAGAACAAACACAACCAUUAUAAGCAUAAAAAAGGACAUGCAUUUAAGUGGGUUCUCAUUUCAAUCUUUGCUGUCGGAGCAUUUUUUGUAAUCAGAAGAAUAGUGAGAAGAAGAAGACACUUAAAGAAAAUGAAAAAAUAAAGAAUGAACAACCUAUCAGAAACUGUUGUCUAUGGAGAACCAAUGAAUGAUAAUGUUCAACAGCCUCAGUUUUAUGCUGUUCCAAUUGAACAAUACAAAUAAUUUAAAAAUUGGUUGAACUAAUAACAAUAACAACAAUAAUAAGAGGCUUUACUUUAAUAAUAAUAAUAGUAAUAGCAGAUCCAACAAUAAAUAUUGUUAUAAUAAUAACAGUCGGCCCAAAGAGCUUAAAUCCCUUAACAACCUGUUACUGGGUAUCCAAUAUAUUAGCAAUAUCCUUAAUAAGUACCUUCAAUAGUUUACCCAUAGCUCUUGAACAAGAGUAAUGUAGAGAUUCAACUACCCGAAGUUAGGGUUCCAUAAUGAACUAUUCAUUAUUAAAAUAUACAUAACAUCAUUAUAUCACAAUUCUAUAAA